GACCAUCCUUCCAACCUAGGUUUAUACAGCAUAAAAAAGAGGCAUUUUGGUUUUAUAGGUUUCUCUCCAUAGUCUAUGACCACGUCAUGAACCCUGCGCAUUGGACUGAAGACACGAGGGACGAGGCCCUUGAGCCUGCAGAUCUCAAUGAUUCCAGGAUGAAGGUUGUGGAUGUUGGAGGAGGAACUGGAUUUACUACACUGGGAAUUAUUAAGCAUAUAAAUCCAAACAAUGUCACCAUUCUUGAACAGUCGCCACACCAGCUUGCUAAGGCUAGGCAAAAGGAAGCUUUGAAAGAGUGCACCAUCAUUGAAGGCGAUGAAGAGGACUUGCCAUUCCCGACGGACUCUGUUGAUCGAUAUGUUUCUGCUGGAAGCAUUGAGUACUGGCCAGAUCCACAGCGUGGAAUUGUGGAGGCAUACCGUUUUCUAAAACUUGGAGUACCUGCCUGCAUAAUUGGUCCUGUAUACCCAAGCUUUUGGUUUUCUCGCUUCUUUGCUGAUAUGUAGAUGCUCUUCCCAAAGGAAGAAGAAUAUAUUGAAUGGUUUAAGAAAGCUGGGUUUUGAAGACGUGAUGCUGAAAAGAAUAGGUCAAAAAUGGUAUCGUGGUGUGAGACGCCAUUGACUCAUUAUGGGAUGCUCGGUGGCCGGUGUUAAAAGAG